UCAUCACUUACCUGAUACUGUAAAAAACAACCUGACUCUAGAUGUAUUGUGUAGAUUUAGUCACUGUAUAGACACAUUUUUGAGCUUUUGGGGGAAGCUGUUGUGCCUGUUGUAUAGAUGGCAGGUUCUGCAGUGCUUGAAGCUAAUAGUGGCACACUUCUCCUUAGGGUGCAAGUCAGCGACCUAAUGAUACCUCCAGUGGAUAUAGUAUUUUGGGAGCUCGUCUGAAGGCAGAAAAGAACGUUAAUAGCAGUGGGAAUAGAGACAGCACAUUUCUCUGGAGCUUUAUGCUUGGCGUAUUGUUGACUGUGACCUGUCCAUAAACAACAAUAUGCAUCAUUAAAUAUAUAAUCUGACUGUGCCACUGAAGUGCAUAUUGGUGGAUAAAACUUUAAUGAAAAAGACAUGAAACAAGCCGUUUAAUUAGAGAGAACAAGAAAAAAUAACUUGUGAAAUAGAUUUCCCCUUGGAUCUGUAUAUUGUCAUUAUGAGAAAUGAGCUGUGUGACUGCUGUGUGGUUGUUACUAGAUAGAUUUUAUUCUUAGUGGUGAGUGAUUACUGUGAGGUGAUUUGUGACUUCAAUACACAAUGGUCUGGCUUGUUGGGAAAAUUGUGGCAUUGCAUUUAAGAUUUUGUAUUUUCUUGUGAUAAUUUCCCUGAAUGUCACUAAUUAAUUAAUUAAAUUCUUAAAUCCAACAUAUGGUUCUGUCAUAUAAAUCAUGUCCAAAAGUCUGACAGUCAAGCCCCUGAGUGAUGUGUGUGUGUGUGUGUGUGUGUGUGUGUGUGUGUGUGUGUGUGUGUGUGUGUGUGUGUGUGUGUGUGUGUGUGUGUGUGUGUGUGUGUGUGUGUGUGUGUGUGUAUGCGCGUGUGCGUGUGUGUGUGUGUAUGUGUACAUUUGGAUAUAUGCAGCUCAGGUGUCACGGAAGCUGACCUUCCUUUAUUUGGCCAAUGACGUCAUUCAGAACAGCAAGAGGAAAGGACCAGAGUUCACCCAGGACUUUGCACCGAUCAUCGUUGAUGCAUUCAAACAUGUGUACAGAGAGGGCGAGGAGGGCUGUAAGAAACAGUUGGGUCGGGUUUUGUCCAUCUGGCAGGAGAGAACCGUGUACGAGAACAACCUGUUGGACCAGCUCUCACAAGUCCUUUAUGGAGAAAAAAAGGCUAAGAAGAGGUCAUAUGAGGAUACCCAACCAGAGGAUGAGGACUUUGCCUCUCAGAGCUCCCCAGCUGAGCCCCCACAGACAGCAGAGUUAAUCCGAGCUCUGCAAGAGCUUGAGAAUGCAGCCUCUGGCGAUUCAGUGCUGCGUCAGCGCAUCUCCUCCCUUCCUGCUGAGGUACAGGACACAUCACUGCUUCACAGGAUCACAGAUAAGGAGUCAGGGGAGCGGCUUUCCCGGCUGGUGGAGGAGGCCUGCAUGCUGCUUGCAGACUACAGUGGCCGCUUGGCGGCAGAGAUAGAUGAUAGGAGGCAGCUCACGCGCACACUAACGGUCUUCCUGCAAAGCCAGAAGGAUGGCUUGGCCCAGAACGAGCAGAAACUUGAAGAGUACAAACACAAACUGGCGAAAGUGACCCAGGUCCGGAAGGAGCUGCGUUCCCGUUUGAACAAUCUUCCAGGAGGACGAUACAACUCAUCAAACUGACGUUUCGCCAUCUGACCAGAUACCCGACCUUCCUGCUACAGAAACAUCUCAACCUGUCUGUUAGAUAUUAGCCAUAGUACUUUUGUUCUUGAUUUUGCAAAGUGUCAGUGUCUCCCUGUAUGGCAUCCUGAAGUUCUCAUUCUGUCUUCAGCAGUUUAUUUAUCCACCUGGCUUUUAUUAACAGCAAUAUCAGCAGUAAACUGUAAAUUAAGAUUUAUAAUCAUCAGUCAUAGGCACUCCAUGCUUUGGUGCCUGCCCAUCUAACUUUCACAGCUUUAAAGUGACAUGGAUGAUGCUGGUGUGAUAUUUUUGUAUUUAUACUGACUUGAGAUAAUGCACCAGAGUAUAUCCCCUUACUGUGACAUUUCAUAAUAAUUUUUAAAUAUUUUGAAUUGCUUUCACACCUUUCUUUUACCCUUUCUGUAAAUGCAUCUGUUCUGGUUUUUGGUAAGAUAAUCACAGCAGGUAUUGAAGCUGAAAUUGUCUGUUUUUUUGCAGCGUGAUAAUGGCCUUUGAAGAGAAUGAUAUACUAGUGAAAUCAUUAGGAAACCAGAUUCUGAAGUUGAGAAGUUAACUAUGUUCCUGAAAGCAAACCAACAUAUGUAAUUACAAUUUACAUAAAGCCUCCUGAUGAGAGGGAAGUGUGGAUCAUUGGUCAGUGUAUAUAUUCAAAAUUGCAUGUAAAUAUGAAGGCGUUAUACCUGUAAGUCCUUAUUUGUAUCCAUGUCAACAUGGCUUGUGAAAUGAAAUGGUCAUUUAAACAAAUUACUGAGGUAUCAGUAGACUGAUAUCUUUGUAGUUGCUCAGACCUUCAAUGUACUGAAAAUAAUUUGUAAAGGAGUCUAUUGUGAUCUUGUUUACUGGAUCAUACUGCUUCAUAAUUUUAUCCCUCAGUUUACUGAAUGCUGUGCAGAUGCCUUACACAGCUUGAGAAGUGCCCCAGUUUCCAAAAACAGCUGCUUGUUUUUUUGUACAUAGGAUUCAAAUUCUUCUUAGAACCAA